UUUUUUCCUUUUUUCUCAAUAUUUGUAUGUAUGCAUAAGUGUCUUAUGAUAAGAAAGAUUUAUUAUUCAUCCUUGUUUAAUGGGAAAUCAUUGUUUAAUUCUCGAAAAUGUUGAUUGUCUCGAUCACAGUAUCUUGUUUCUCUGUACAUGAAGUUAUUCUCAUGAGGACAUUGUAUGCUUAAUCUUUUGAUAUGUUAAAAGACCAUGAAAAGUUUUGCUUAAUGCUUAUAAACGGUUUUUUUAUACAAGUUGUGUAUUUGCCUGAUCAUGGGUAUGACACAUGUGAGUUUUUUGAGUUUUGUUAUUUAAUUGCUUUGCUUUUUUUUUUACUUUUUCCUUUCUUCUUUUUCCCCUUUUGUUGAUGAGGAGAAUUUUUAAUGAAUGUGGGAAUAUUUCUUCCUUGUAUAGCCCAUGAAAGUCCAUUUUAACACAUGUUGCAGUUCGAUCAUUUUUAUCUGACUCAAGUAACAAGCUUGUCAGUGUAUAUUUAGGAUACAAUUUCGUCUGGUCCAUAAACAUGUAAUAAUUCUUUACAGAUAAAUGUCUCCUGAGUGUAAUGGCGGCAGCUGAAGCAAGGGCUGUGUGGCAGAGGACUGCUAAUCGUUGCUUUGUCCAAGAAGAUGCCAAAAGAGCUCCCAAGUUAGCCUGCUGCCAAUCAUCAUCUUCGUCAUCAAAACAGAUUGAUGCAGGAGCUCCAGGUGUAGCAGAUGCACCUGAUAAUCCUGCUCUAGGUUUCAUGCCUCUGAACUGGAAUCGGUCGUAUUCCAAUCUACCUGCUGAUACAAGAUGGUGGCUUCAACUGCAACCUAACUGUGGGUACCAAAAGGGUUUAACAUGUGAGCAAUUGAACUCCCUGGAGGCUGAGAUGGAAGCCCUGAGAGCUGGCUUUGUAAAAUCACCCUCCAAGGUUGGUGGGGAACACCCAUCAGAUGAAAGAGGUGUUACUCAUGUUGAUGGCAAUAAAAACAGUGAGGUUCCUCAUGAUGUACAUCAUGGGGUCUCUGCUGUUUGUAUGAUGAAAGAUCAUGAAAUUAGAAAACAAGAUGUAGAGGCUGUAGAUUGUAAGACCACCCAAGAAUUUAUUGAACUGAUGGACACAAGAGAAAACUAUGAAUUUGUCGAAAUAGAUUCUGUAGGAUGUCCAACUUCUAAAAAGCUCAAUGAGAGCGAUUUUGAUCCAGAAUCUCCCUGGAUUGGGGAUGGGAAGGGUGAACCAUGGUGGCGCACAACAGAUAAAGAUGAUUUGGCCUCCUUGGUUGCACAGAAGUCACUCGGCUAUAUGGAGAAUUGUGACCUUCCUCCACCUCAGAAGAUGCACCUUAGGAGAAACCCUUAUGCCUGUUCUCCGGAUAUUAAAAAAGUUGAAGCAUCAUCUUUGGAUUGGAAAUUGGAAGCUGAUCUUAUCUCAAAUCCAAUUGUUCAUGAACAGGGCUCCUCUGAUCCUGGAGAAGCCUCAGUUGAAAAAGUGCAAACACCAGUUGUUUCUGAUCAAUCAUUAAGGUAUAGCACAACCCACAAGGACAUCUCAGAAAUACGACAAGUUUCUGAGAAUGAUCCUUGCAAAGCUCAGCUUAUGGAAGCACUGCGCCAUUCUCAAACACGUGCAAGGGAAGCUGAGACGGCAGCAAAGCAAGCCUAUGCUGAGAAGGAGCACAUCCUCAAACUCUUUUUCAGACAAGCCUCGCAACUUUUUGCAUAUAAGCAGUGGUUCCAACUGCUACAGCUAGAAGCCCUUUACUUCCAGAUCAAGAACAGUGACCAGCCAAUCUCCACUCUUUUUCCAUUUCCUGUGGCACUUCCAUGGACGCCUAACAGAGGUAAGAAACCGAGAAAGAGUUGGCAGAAGGCUGCUAAAGGCAGACGAGGCAAGCAAAGCCGCCGAAAACUUGACACAUCAAAGUAUGCCGUCGCUUUUGCUCUAGGGUUGGGUCUUGUUGGUGCUGGAUUGCUAUUGGGAUGGACUGUGGGAUGGAUGUUAUUCUAGGCCCUGUAGGUCAUCAUCGAUCAAAUCCCUACUUCUUGUGAAGAUUCAUUUACAAAGAGAGGCGUCAAAAUCAAAAUGUAUCUGCUUAUGUGUGUACUUUAUUAGAUUUCUUAGUCUUGUAUGUACUUUCUCUUUUUCUGCCUCUCAUCUACUCUUAUGUAAAAAUGAUUUGAUGAGCUGUUCAUAUGUAUAUAUUGGUUGAACAUGUAAUCAUACUGCGAUUUCAUUAAAUUUGUCCUUGGUGAUUUGUAUA